AUAACUGAAAAGGUGUAGGAAGAGCAAAAGCUGUUUCGAAGAAGGCGAUCGCAAGAAAAUGCCUCUUGUAAUCUUUGGUGAUGGCCUUCAAAACAAAGACCAAAUCAAAUUUAAAGGUCUUCGACACGGCAUUUGAAACAAGAUGUAUAGGCAAUUAGAGCAUAGAGAGAGAUUUGGAGAAUUGUUACUUUUAGAUAUUAAUGAGUAUAAAACCUCCAAGAUCUGUAACUCUUGCUUGAAUCAAGACCUCAAGAGUCUGAAAUGUGGGGAAGAUGACGAUGUCAAACGAAUCCAUCAAGUAUUGAAGUGCAACACUCGCAAUAUUUUUUGGAAUCGUGAUGUGAUGGCAUCCAAGAAUAUGUUUCUGAUUGCUUCUUCAAUUUGGAAUGGGAACGAUCGCCCUACUGUCUUCACACGACAAAGCGCCACCUCCAAUGUAAUUGCCACAUCUAACUCCGGUGAGGUGCUGGCUUAAAGAUUUUACAGAAAUACUGCAACUGCUGUAAUUCAUACCGAAUUCAUCUUGUUUUCUUCAUUAAAGAUGUAUAAAGAUUUGAAAUUGUAAAAUUACAUGAGAAUACAAAGCCAAUUCAUAUCCCUAACUUAACUUUUAGAUAUAUUACCAAAAAUAC